CUUAAAAACAAAAUUGGACAAGCAAGCUCUUCAUCUUCUUCAGCUUCUUCUGUCGGUGACGACAUGGAUUGGGACAAAGAUUGGGUGCUCAGGGAUGGCGUAGGGGCUCAUACGACACUGGAUGGGUUUAAAGACUACAGAGAAAUGGGCAACAAACGGGAUGGGUUCUCUUGCUUUGGGCAGAUCUGAAUGGGCGAUGAGAGAGCAGUUGGUCUUAGAUCUGGUGCUUGGACAGCGAGGCUUAAUGGAGCACUUGGAUGAAGAGCUCUCAAAUCUGUUGGAGAUUCUUCGACGACAAGGCUGGAUGAGAGCUGCUAGGUCAAUGAGGCGAGGUACAGUACAAUGGAUCAGCUCAAGAAGGAGGCCCAAUAACAUUGGACAUAGAGGCAAUGGGGAGCAAUAUACAAAAGAGGAUACAAGAUUCGGCCCAACCCCAGAAGGCAGAAUUGGCUACGGCAGAUGAAGACUCCAACCCAAGGAAGAGAGCAACACCGAACGACCAUGGAGAGGGAAUCCUUGUGCGUGAGAGAAGGGGGCGCGUGAGACCCGGCUGGUUGAGGGAGUUUGUUAGAAUGGAAGGGCGUUGAGGAAGCUUUUCACAGUUUUCCAUUUUUUAGUUGAAUCUUUUAUUUCCGUUUUUGAAGUUGUAAUUUCUCUACUAAGUAUAAAUAGUCCGAAGAUGAAACAAUAGAUUUUUUAUGCAAAUGAAUAUAGAGCUGUGAAGCUUUUGGAGUUUGACACUGACUUGAAGGGUGCACAGGCUAUUAAAAAUACAUAAUUUAAAUUAUCAUUUAACAAAACAUAGAAUCCAAUCAAUCAUGUAAUUAAGAGA